AUGUCAAUCUGGUUUCAAAACAAGCGUACCUCGAUACUAUUCCUCACACCUGAUGUUGAUCCAACGGUGGCACAAGAGUGCUCUUUUUCGGCCCAGGCUACGACGUUACCCUUCCCUCCCCUUCAAAACAAGAUCAUCGCAGAGUACUUGCACCAACAGGGCGCAGAUGUCCAGUUUCUCCCGUGGAAGUGUUUCAAAGCAAAUGUACCCACAAAAAUCCUGUGUUCAUUUGACUACAUUCUAUUCCUCUGCUGCGACAAAUACGAGGUUCAUGUCGACGAUUUCUACGCUUUUCUACGCGAUGUUCUCGUUCCACUUCACCGAAACAGUGGAGACAUCCAUAUUAUAAAUAAUCCUGAGGUUGUACUCUGGAAUAUGGACAAGCGGUAUCUGAAAGAUCUGGAGAAUGCCGGUUUUCCAGUACUUCGGACUACCUUCCUUGCACAUAGCUCUAUCACAGUUCCGCUACUAUCAGCAGCUAUUCGCUCAUUCGCUGGUGCGAAAAAUUUGCCGGUUAUUCUCAAGCCUUCGAUUUCUGCUUCUGGUACCAAUGUCUACCUCGUCAAAGAUCCAGGGCAGGUGACAACAGAAGACAUUUCGUAUAUGGAAUCUAUCGGCUCUCGUCUAUCCAACAGGUGUUCACUCAUGAUUCAAGACUUCGAACCCAGUAUCUGUACGACAGGAGAAUACAGUCUCGUGUUCAUUGGUGGAAUUUUUUCCCAUGCAACCUUGAAAACUCCAGUCGCGAAUGGAAGGGAGUACCGCGUUAAUGUCAUGUAUCAUGGUCGACUCGAGGAUGUGAGCGGCAGCCAAGUGCCAGAUCUCGCAGUCAGUUUAGGCUAUGAGAUAUGGGCUUGGCUGUGUGAAAAAUUUGGGAGUAGGGCGAUCAGAUAUAUGCGAUUGGACGGGAUGGUGCAAAAAACGGGCAAAUUCAUCAUUGGAGAAAUAGAACUCAUCGAGCCGGACAUUUGGCUUCAUAGGCAGGUUGGGGGAACGGUUUUAGAAGAAAGUGUCCAACGCCUGUUUCAGCGAGACAGCAAGAACGGCGCCAAGCUCUUCGAAUGA